ACGGCAGCUAAAUUUUCUCGAAUGGAAAGCUACAAGGGCGGCGUGGGUACAUAAUUCAGGCUACUCAGCAGUCAGCACCGCCAACGACUGACGGAGAUAUGUAUAUAUGAGAUAAUCUAACUCGGAGAAAAAGAAAGUGAAGGAAGAGAGAAAAUGGAAAGAGAAGUGAAGGAAAGCAUAAGUGAGAGACUUUCUUGUUUGGAUGAUCUCUACUUUCCUCGCGCUCUUCAAUCCAACGCCACCACACCCUCUCAACGCAAAUCUAUUCUCCUUGACCUCCUCUCCCGCGAUGCCGCCGUUUUCCUAGAAAGAUAUGGAUCGCAAUUGACUGGUGAUGAGCUUGGCAAGUUUGAUGCACUCAACAAUGACUAUGAGAUUAAUUGGCACUUAAAAAAUCUUAGGAGCAAGAUGAACCCUACCUCAGAAGAGUUGCGGUCUAGGUCGGUGACUGUGAAGAACAGGAGGCUGGCAUAUCUUAACCAACUGAUACGGGAUGGCCAGUACUUUUCAGAGGAUGCAAUGAGGGAGAGGGAGCCGUAUUUGCAUCAUGAGUAUGUGGGGAAGUUUCAGGAUUUGACUGGGAGGAACAUGGCAAGGCCAGGGGAGAGGUGGUCUGAGACUUUGAUUAGGCGAUCCGAGGAAGCGAUUUUGGUGGCAAAGAUUAGGGAGGAGCAGCAGAGGUUAGGUGUGGCUGAGAGGGAUUGGAUUGGUAAUGAAAGAAACCAACAAGAAGAAGAAGAGGAGGAGGAAGAGGAGGAGGAAGAUGAAGAGGAGGAGGAGGAGGAAGAGGAAGUUCUAGAGAAAAAAGCUAACGGGGCUGUGCCUUCCACAGAGAUGCUCGUGGAUGAUUCUGAUGCAAACAAUGGUAGCAAAACCACCACAGGAUGUCAAAUUCAAGAGGCAGUGCCAUCAGCAGAAGAAACUGAAGAUAUGAUGGGCCAGUUCACUUACAUCAUGCAGCAGAAGUUUCUUUCUGGUGAAGAUCAUCAACAUUUUGAUUACUCAAAAAUAGAUAAUGAUGAGACCCUGGAUGAUCACUGGCUCAGGGAAGUUGGCCAGGAUGCUGAGGAGAAGUAUUUUGCUGAAGAUUAAGAAGAACGGGAGUUGCAUUACCUUUUUUUAUUUUUAUUUUUAUUUUUUAGUGUUAUUUUAUUAUUUUGACUUACCAGGUGUUUCCUGUUAACUAGUAACUGACUACUGUAAUCAUAUGCCAUAUAUCUUUUUGUGUAAAUAAUGCAUGACCACCUGUUUACCUUA